AUGGGUGAUAAUAUCGACAUUCCAAAACUUUCGCUUGUUUGGCUCGAUAAUUCUAAUAGUGAUUCUCAAGAAAAUGUUUUCACUCAACAACAAUUACGUCUUUUUGAUAGUAAUUUGAAAUUGUUCAAAACUACAAAUGAAUGUGAAACAUAUAUUAAAUCUCAAUCUACAGAUGCUCAUAUUACAUUAAUUGUUAAUGGUGGAUUAGGAAAACAACUAGUACCUAAUGUUCACGAUCUAUCACAAAUCAUUGCUAUUUAUGUCAAAGCUGUUUUGGCAGAGCUUGAUGAACUUAAAAGACAUCUUCAAUCAAGUCAUACUAAUAUAAACGAUCAUUCAAUAACCAGUGAAGUACCACCUACAACCGAUGCACCGAAAAGAACAAUAGUACAUAUUGAAACAACAUAUGAAUUAGAUUGUUCAUAUAUGAUUUCUGAUACUUGUUUCGAUUGUUUUGCUCGAAUGAAAACGCAGCUGGUAGAAAAAGAUGAUUUUAUUACUUUAUGUCGAGAUGCAUUGCAAAAAAGUGAAAAUUUCUUACCAAUUCUUCUGGAAUUUCAAGAAGGUUAUCAUUCCGAUCAAGCAAUAUUCUGGCUUUAUAGAGAUCCAUUUUUUCAUGUAUUAAUAGAGAAUAUGUUUAAACUUGCAGAUAUAGAUUCGAUGUUAUCUUGUCAAUUUUUUAUACAUGAUAUUCACAAACAACUCGAACAACAUAAAUGUACAUCAACUAUUGAAGUAUAG